UAUGACAAUCCUGUUUUCACUAGGUACUGUAUGACAGUCAAUGGACGCCUUAACUUUGCCAUCAUUUGCUGAUACGCUCUGAAGUCCUGUGUAUUUCUGAAGCGGAACUGUUACGUCAUGAUGGAGGAGGGUCUGCACGGCUGGUCGGGGCGGAAAAUGAAAAGGUUUAAUUUCUCUGGGCGAAAGUGUACAUACAAUGUAAGCAGUGUGACAGGAAGCUACACUGAGUUAGCGCCGAUGGAAUUAUCCAAGACCGACUCAGUUCCAAAUGGCUUCGUAGUUGACCGACCAGUGGCACUGCCAGGUAACCUCGGAGAUAAAGAUGAACUUAUACACGCGGAAACAGAAACGUUAUCGGAAGGGGUAGACAAUCCUGGUUUCAAUGAGGCUAUGGAGGGGGGAGCUAACCGACAAGAGAGUGCCAACAGUGACACAAGUAGCGACAACAUCAAGUUCAGAAACAAUGAGAAAGAAGAUGUGAGCCUCAGCGAGACCAGCGAGUCGGUGCUGCGACGAUCAGUGCAAGGAAGAAGUGGGAAAAGGGACAGCUAUGCCAGCCUUGACAGCUUGGACAGGAAGGCGCCCUGGCGGACCUGGGAUGUGUUCCGGAUAAUAUCUCGAGAUAAAGACACUUCACUCGAUGACGCCACUGUUAAUAAACUAAGGAAAGGUGUCAAAGUUGGAGUCGGGAUGUUUUUGUCGCUGUUUGUCCUCGUGUUGACAGUUAUCAGCAAAAGUAGCCUUCUUCUCAUAACGUCAAACAUUUACGUGAAUGUCACGCUGUAUUGUGAGACAUACGACGAUGAACACUUUACUUUCUGUGCAAGAGCUCCCCCGGACAGGAUGAAUGGUACGGUAUUUAGGCCAUCUCAAAACGUGGAGAUACGCUGGCUGUGGGCACUCUUCAUUGUCAUCGUCACACCAUAUCUAUUCACUUUCAUCAAAUGCUCUUGGAGGGCAUGUUUCAAAAGUACACGAAAUCCAACAUGCAAAAUAAUACUAACAGUGAUAAUUCCAGAGACUCUCCACUCGGUGGGAAUAUGCAUUUUCUCCUUUCAAGUGCUCCCAUCUCUUGACGCUCUCCGAGGUCUGGUACUCAUGAUGGGGGUUGCUUUCCUGCCAGCUGUACUUAAGCUCUUUGACAGUCAAGAAUCAAAAGGUCGAAAAUUCUAUGUUAUUCUCAUAGAUUUCCUGUGUGUAAUCGUACAACUAUCCGUGCUUCUUUUGUGGCCACUGAGGAACUAUUUCUUCUCCGAUACAUUUUACCAUGAAACAUGGGCUAUUCCGACAUCUCUGUUCUUGGUUUCCUUUGGCUGGUGGGAGAAUUAUGUUAACAGAUAUAACAGACUGGGAGCUCUUGGAAACAAACUCAGAAGUUUGAAGCGAGGCAUUCGGCGUCAAAGAACUAAGGUGUACUUAAUUGUCAGUGUAUGGAAAAUUAUACUCACGCUGAGUGUAAUGACAGUCAUAAUGAGCGACUUCAAUAUUUCCUGUGUGAAGGCUCUGUACUAUUUAGGACACGAUGGCGCCCACGAAUGUCCGCACCUCGUAAACCCGUAUGGAAUAGUGAACGUAGAGGCUGUUGAAUAUUUUCAGAGUCCCUUCUGGGUGAUGCUCAUUCAGACAGGAUGUUGUCUUCUCUGCUAUACAUUUGCCAAGACCUCUUGCAAGAUUCUGCUCCAGAUUGGGGGCUUCGCAAUUCCUCUUGUCCUUUCAAUGCCUAUCCUGAUAGGGACUCUCAUCGCAGACUGCGAGACAUGGAAAUCUAACAGCACAGGUUCUUGGAUUGCUGCCCUGCCCUCGGAGAUGUUCUGGACAUGUGACAUCCAUGGACUCUCUGUAAACUACCUGUCGAAGCUGAUGACUGAUUACUGGCUCCCCGUAGCUAUAGCCUGGUGGUUCUCCUUUAUCUGGAUCACAAUUCAUAUCUGGUAUCCUCGGGUAGAGAGACUUGUACAGACUGAAAGGUUAUUCAUACAGCCUCUGUACUGUGGUCUUUUCCUGGAGCAGUCCCUAAUCCUCAACAGGCGGAGAGAUGACAAAGACCGAGAACAAAAGAAUAUAAAAAAAGAGGGCGGCCUUCACAUCUUCCAGUCUGUAGAUGGAGAAGAGACAGGAAAUCCACUGCAGACACGCGGUUCUCUGCGUACUGAUAUCACGCCCAUGAUCUACUUAUGCGCAACUAUGUGGCACGAGACAGAACAGGAAAUGGUGCAGAUGUUAACAUCCGUCUUUAGACUGGACCUAGACCAAUGCACACGGAAACAUGCUUAUAUAUUUUUCGACGUCUAUGAUCCAGAUUAUUAUGAGAUUGAAGCCCACAUUUUCUUUGAUGAUGCGUUUGAAGCCCACGAAGAUGAUGAGAACGAAUUUCACGUCAACAACUUCGUGAAGAAUCUAGUGAACGUUAUCAGUACUGCAGCAAGUAACGUUCAUAAAGCACAAGUUAAAAUGGACCCACCCACUAAAUACCCAACACCAUACGGAGGAAGGCUUGAGUGGACGCUACCGGGACAGAACAAGCUGGUCAUUCACAUGAAGGACAAAGCGAAAAUACGCCACAAGAAGCGAUGGAGUCAGGUUAUGUACAUGUACUACUUACUCGGCCAUCGACUAGUAGGGCAACCACUUCCAGAUGUUCGUAGGAAACAGACAAUCGCAGACAACACGUUCAUCUUAGCCCUUGAUGGAGACGUUGACUUUAAGCCCUCUGCCGUGCAACUGUUGGUGGACCGCAUGAAAAAGAACGAUAAAGUGGGAGCAGCGUGUGGUCGCAUCCAUCCCAUUGGAACAGGUCCUAUGGUGUGGUACCAGAAAUUUGAGUAUGCUGUAAGCCAUUGGUUACAGAAGGCUACAGAGCAUAUGACAGGGUGUGUCCUCUGUAGCCCUGGCUGUUUCAGCUUGUUCCGAGCCUCAGCUUUGAUGGAUGACAACAUGAUGAGAAAGUACACUACCUUGGCGAGCGAAGCCAGACACUAUGUACAGUAUGAUCAAGGCGAGGACCGAUGGCUGUGCACACUGCUACUCCAACAAGGCUACCGAGUUGAGUAUUGUGCAGCCGCAGAUGCCUUGACCUAUGUCCCAGAAGGUUUCGAGGAGUUUUAUAAUCAGAGAAGACGGUGGUCACCUUCAACCAUGGCUAACAUCAUGGAUUUACUGUAUGAGUGGCGCAGUAUCAUCAAGCUCAAUGAGAACGUAUCCGCGCUGUACAUGGCAUACCAGCUGCUCUUGUUUGUAUCGUCCCUCCUCACCCCCGGCACCAUCUUCCUCCUGAUAGUGGGCGCCAUCAACACAGCCUUCCCUGAACUCGACCUGCUGGAUUCUCUUAUCUGCAAUAUGGUUCCAAUAGGAAUAUUCCUGCUUGUCUGCUUCUGCUGCAAGUCAAACGUACAGCUGAAAGUUGCUGGGAUUCUCUCGGGGUUGUACGCCCUGGUGAUGAUGCUGGUGACUGUAGGAUUGGCACUGGAAAUGAAGAGGGAGGGAUACUGUGCCCCAACUACUAUAUUUAUGAUAUUUGUAGUUGGUGUAUUCAUCAUUUCAGCAAUAAUGCAUCCCAUGGAAUUAACCUGCUUAUUGCAUGGUGCACUCUAUUUCAUGUCAAUUCCAAGCAUGUCGAUGCUAUUGAUGAUCUACUCCAUCUGCAACCUGCAUGUAGUCUCCUGGGGCACAAGAGAAGUGAUGCAACCAACCCAGGCCGAGCAGGCUAAAAAGGAGCAGAAGAAGCUGAAAUCUGGUCGUUUCCAGUCUAUUAUCAAUCUCUUUAGUAAUGAUGAUAAGGUGGAUAGUGAUUAUGGCUUCUCCUUUGGAAACCUAUUCAAGUGCAUCUGCUGUCCUCGGCCUAAAGUUGACAACACAGCCAGUAAAUUUGGGGCUGUCCUUGAGAAACUGGAACAGCUUGAAACGUCCAUGAAGAACGGCUUGACCUCCAAUCCAUCAUCGCCAACGAUACAGGUCACGAAUGAACAAGGCAUUACCUACGACCUGGACACACCAGCGCCUUCCCUUCAGGAGCAGGCGUUGCAAAACAAUCUCAAUACAGAAGGCGUGAUAAGACAUAACCCCCUGUAUGAGAAGGAGAUGCACAUCCAUAAUGAUGAGUACUCACCAUACUGGAUUUCUGAUCCGGAAGUUGGACAUGGUCGGACACGAUACCUUGGACAGGAAGAGAUACGCUUCUGGAAAGAUCUCAUUGAAAGGUACCUUUACCCAUUACAGAGCAGUGAGGAGCAGAAGCAGAAGAUGCAAAAAGACCUUAUCCAUUUGAGGAACAAGAUGAGUCUAAUGUUCUUCAUUCUGAAUGCCUUAUUUGUUGUUAUCAUCUUUGCUCUACAGUAUACAAAUGCCCAGAGUCAGGGCAAAGGACUGGCCAUACAACUUCCAUGCAAGUCUGAGAGUGGUACUGCACUAACAAUCGAGCCGUUCUCCCUUAUUUUCAUGGCUAUAUUUGGUAUCGGUUUGCUCAUCCAGUUUAUUGCCAUGUUCUUCCAUCGAAUGGGCACAUUCCUGCACAUAAUAUCUUCCACAGAGGUUAACUGUAUGAGGCUGAACCAAAAGGAAGUAGCUGCUAUGGACAUAUCUGAUAAGCUUGAAUUAGUGAAAACAAUGCAGAGUUAUGGAGAUGAUGAUGACACAAGAUCAGUGACGUCAAUAAGCUCAAUGGAUAGCUUAGAUGAUGAUAGCAGCAUGACAACCGAUGACACUCCAAGACCCAGACGAAGGAAGACUGUGCUGAGAAUAACGAAGAAAAGGCGGAAGCAACAGCAUAACGCUGGAAACCUAGCACAAACAUUUAUGGAUAGAUAUCUGAAGCUUGCCGAUGAUUUGAAAAAUGAACGUGUUGAGAAUACCUCGCACAGGCGAGGAAGUACCAAAAGGAGGAAGAAGUCUAUCAGGAAGAGCCAAAGAGCUAUUAAGAGUGUUGAGCAAAACAAAGGCAUUGUAUUAAAAAAGGCUCAAAAGUGGAAGCAUAUUGCUGGGAUCGUUCGUGGAUCUGGAAUGCAUACAACAAUAAAUGACCAUCAUCAUAAUGACCCUUGGUUAAGUGUCGUCAAAGGUGUCCUCACGCAGUCCAGGGCCACUUCUCAUGCCAGUCUGCACAAGGUAGAAGAGGAACGUCGUGGUAUCGAACUUGGGCACCGAGGGAGGCGCCCCAACACGGAUGGCUCCAAGUGGAGCAAACUGAAGGACAGUCUUAGUGGACACCUUAGUGCUGUGACCGAAAGUGACACAUCUGCUAAGCCAGAGAAUCAGCAUGGUACUCAUGGGCUUGAAGACACAUCAAAUGGUAGCGUUGUUCGUGUGCAGAUAGCGGUAGAAAACGAUGGAUCCAGGAAGGCAAGCAAAUCCAGUCUGGAGGCUCCCUUCCAAGACCACCAUGAGGCUUCACUACUGGACGAGGCAGUUGGAAAUACUAGUUAUUUUAACGAGGAGGACAGUGUGAAAAACUUGAGUGUGGACGCCCGAAUGUGCAGCAUCUCUGAUAAUACGGAUUCGGACACCGGAUCUGUUGAAUUGGAGAUUAAAGAUAACAGUGAAAGUCCAACACAUGCUACCACGUCAGUGUAAGGUAGUCACUGCGAUACUGCUAGAUGCUAUUGCUGCCAACCUUUAUAUUGGUUCUAGUCAAUUUUGCUUGCUUAGGUAUGUAUGUCUGUUUGUAUAAAAUAGCUCGUCGCUAAAUAAACAGUAGUUCUCCACCAUCGAAAUAAAACUGCUGGUCAACAAACUUGAAAAUAACUCCUAUUUACUUCUUGGAUCUAUCGUAUUGGUACAUCCAAAAAAUGUCUAAUGGCCCCUCAAAACUAUUUUUCUUUGUGUAGAUGUUUUAACAGCACAAUGUCAAUGUAAAUUAUGCAAACGCCAUGAUAUCCUCACGCAAUCGGAUAAAAUUACACUAUACGCGAGAUCCUGGAGCGACUACGUUCAGCAUGUAUACCAGUAAUAGAAAUACAAGAAGUAUGAAUCACAGUUGUAACAUGUGACCAUACAUUAUUUCCAUUCAUUGGCACCAUUGAAUCCAAUGAAUAAACGCAUAUCAAAUAUCUUAACAUAUACAUGUCACUCAAGUGUCACAUAUCCAUUAGAAUAGAAAUGACGGGGAGCUAAAAAUACUACAUGGUUUCCUUACGUGUGAAAAGGUCUUUGAAGGAAAACAUGAUUUUGUCACAUAAUGUUACUGUUUCAAAGUGUUGUUAUAAUCUCUUGCUAUAGUUCAAAUUUACAUUGAUAUUGAAAUGAUAUGUGCCAUUUCUGAAUGUUAUUUAUAAAAUGUAUGUUCUUUAUAUGAUUAUUUUAUUGUACUUAAAGUGUAUUUAUUAAUAAUACAUUUUCUAUAUUGUUCAUCAAACUUAAUUGCCGUUGGUGCUGGAUCGCCGCCCAUACUCCCCAGCUACUGAAAAUUGAUUAUUGUUACAGUGUUAAAACCUUUUACUGUAAUUAUUUACUGAUACAUAUCAUUUUAUAUCAAGAUAAGACGCAUUAUUGUUGAUUAUGAGUCGUAAAAUAUAUUACCAUUGUGACUAGUUUUUACACUGCGUGAUAAAGAUAUGGCGGACAUGAUUGGCUACAACUCUAAGCAAAAAAUACUUGGGAAGGAAUUAUUUUGCAUUUUCAACGUAAUUGUUGUCAUUUAUCGGUACUCGAUUAUCAGAUAUCUAUGAUGAUGUACCCUGAAAAACAUAUACAUAUAAUAAAUACUAUCACGCA